CAGCAGUGGCGACGACGUCCAAAGGUCCAUCGAGUUGUUAGACCGAGUGCUCUCCGAAUUCGAUGAUGUGGAAAAUGCGAAUCAGGUUCAGAACAUUCAGCAAAUUACCACUUCGACUUCGACGCCUCAGCUUCGCCACCUCACGAACAACCACUCAUCCACCGCCCCCAACAGCGGUUCGACGACCACCCCCGACGACGAGAGUCCUUCUCUGGGCGGCCACCAGUCGGAGGACGACGGCUACAUGAGCAUGAACGGUCGGAAAGCCAAGUUCAACCUAUCCUUUAAGCCGCUAGCCGAACACCACGAAUCGCCACCGCCGCCCAUUUUAUCGCCUCACCAAUUGAGGUCGCCUACGACGCCUGUUCGACCUGGAGAUCCGGAUGACUUCCCGCCGCCUCCGGAGGAAGCGCAACGGUUGAUCGCCACCUUGUUGCCUAAAGUAUCGCCGACUCACCGUCCCACGAAACCUCGCAGCGGCAUCGGGAGCGGUCGGAACCACCGCUCGUUUCCUCUCACCCAAUUGCCCCUGCGGGUGGAGACCAUACCCCCGCCUCAGAGAUUCCAAAACGACCACAAUGCUGCUCCUGUUAUUAACGGUCUGCCUCCAGAUCCGAUUCACACUGCCACACAAACAACAUUGCCGAAAACAAAACAUCAACGUCCAUACGGUUGGGAGAACAACGAUUUCACAUUGAAUCCCCCACCCCCCUCCACCCGGAUACCGUUUCGGUAGUUUACCAUACCAACACGGUAUUUACCCCAUUACCUCACCUACUAGGAUGCCUCCAAGAACUGUGCCUACAGCCGUAGAAAGACAUAGAGAAGUCAAAAGACAUGGCAGUGAAGACAAUCUUUCCAGUGAUUUAGAUGAAACCCAAGCCUUACGCCCACUUAGUGAAUUAGCUGACGACGAACACUUUUCCGAUGACUCUUUAGAAGAAGAAAUAUUACCUCCUCCACCGCCUCCGGCUUGCAACAAAAGAGCUAGUAUCGCUUGGGAAGUACCUUUAGAUGAUGAAGCACUUCUUACUCCAGGUAACAAAGAACGCAAAUCCCUUCAAGCCCUGGGCAGCUCACUAACUUCCAACUCCUCGCUGAACUCUCGUCUAAGUUCAGAAAUGAGUAUACCAACCAGUCGAUUCAGCGGAGAACUCAGUCAGCGCCUCAGCCGAGAGCUCCACACUCCGAACUCCAGAUACAGCGUCGAUUUCGGAAGCCCGCAUUGUAGAUUAAGCCAAGAGUUCAACUCGCCUAAAUCCCGAUUGAGUUUAGACCUGAAUAAUUCUAGAUUAUUGAGCCAGGAACUGAGUUCGAGUCCGUCAAGGCAUAGCGUGUCGAGUAGCAGAUCUAGUACGCCUAGCAAGCAUGAUAUUGAACUGAAGAAACACAGUACCACGUUCGAUAACAUUAAAUCUUUGGUUAGAGAAGGAGUCGUGCAUAAUUUAGUGUCUCCAACGAUAGAAACUGCUAAAGAUUUCAACGCAGCCGUUUCUCCCAUUGUUAGAGUCGUAUCCCUACCUAGUCUUAACGCUGAUGAGUUUACUCCGAAACGGGAACUCGACGUGACAGUCGAAGAGGAGGAAGAAAUUGACAGUUCCCAACCUAGCGCCGAAAUUUCCCCUCUGCGAAAAAUAGAGCAGAACAUUAGCGAAUUGUUAGAAAGGCGAGAUAUAGAGGUAGUUCAAAAUGAUCAAUUCGUUUUGAACGGGGUGGAGAGUUUAAACAAAGAGAAGAAGAGAAAGGCCCCGUCCAAACCGUGCCGAGAGUUCAGACAUAGGAAUGACCUGCAGAAAUCGAGUAGCCAUAAUGAGAUUCAGAAAUCUGAAGAGUAUUACAGGCAGCUUUUGCUUGAAGGUAAUCUCCACAUGGAAAAAGGUGGUGUUCCGUUUCCUAAACGAAACGGCAUCCAGAAAUCCGAAAGCGCCAAAGAAAUGCUGAUCGCCCAUAGAGAACCGCGUCCUCUUCCGACUUCCACCUCGGCCGAUUUUCCCGUACGAGUAGAAGUUCUUAGCCAUGACUUUCCUCCGCUUCCUCCGUCGCCGGUGGAGGAAGACGAAGACGAGUACACCGAGAUUCUGCAUCCCGUGCACAAGAGCAGAGCGGACACGCUGCCUAAUAGUAACGAGCCACCCGCAGUGCCUGCCCAUAAAGAACCCGGAUCGAAUAGCCUUAAGACUCGGUCUAUGGAUGUUAAUUACAGUAGAGGUCGUAGAACAACCUUCUUUACUUCCUCAAGUAGAAACAACAUUCCUUCAGAACGUAGAACGUUACCAACGGAAUUUCAAGAGAAGCGAAGACCGUUCCAAAAGCGAGCAUCCCAGCAAAGUCCGCAGGACGAGCAUCACUUACAGACUUCCUGCAGUUUACCAGAAACGCCGAUUUUCGCCAGAGGUUGUGAUAUACCUAGGACUCCUCACAGAAGAGCCCCUGAUGUGCCGGGUAAUCAGACGGCGCCUAGACAAAGUAACACGAUAGGUAGCCUAAACACGAUCGGCACGACGGCCUCUAGCGGCGGUUACCGCCGCGGCCUCUCCCAGACCGGCCUCGAGCAAGCCAUCGUGGGCGCGGAGCUGCUACGUUUGGCGGGCGGCCCGGGUCGCGGGUGGUACCCGAAACAGAGGCACAGACGACCCGCUUCGAUCGAACACCUAGACAGAACCGCGAUGGGGCACAACCCCUGGGACAGCACGUCGACCAGAAAACCGCAGACUCUGCCGCCGAAUCUAACGCCGAAAUUCUUCCAGAGAUCGCCGCGAGACGCGCUUCGAAGGGUUACCAGUUUAUUGAUAAAGAAAGUUUCUUGUUUUGUUCCAGGAAAUAAUGGAAAGGACACCACAAAAAAGGAAAAGGAAAUCGUGUCACCGACUAUUCAUGAAAAUGCCAAUGGUGAAGAAGUCCAGAAGAAGAGAGGCUUCUUCAAAAAUCUGUGGAAACGAUCCCGGCACUACUCGUUAGAGCAGCAAUAGUGAACCCCCAUUUUAUAUAUAGGAUAUUUUUUUGUGUACAUUUUAUAUAACUCAACAAUUCUAACCGCUAGCAUUAAUGUACUAAAAUCCAAGAGGACGGCACUCCGAAAUCCUUACAAUAUUAUACGGGAUGUCCCGGCCAUACGUCGAAGUCACUUUUUGACUUUUUGUACUUCGGCAUUGUGUUGAAGGGGACAUCCGGUAGAUGUAGAUAUUACCUUACUAAUUUAUUACGUGUAACAAUUUUAGCAAACACUCUGUAUUCGUCGACUGGUGGAUAAGUUCAGAACAAAUCUUGUUCAAUAUAUCGUAAAAUUUGGUUUUUAUCAUCAGAUCUUAUGAGAAAUGUUUUUUUUUUUCGAAACACAGAUUUUAUUUAGAAAUUUUAAUAUAAUUUUUUCGUUUUCCGAUAACCUGGCUUGUUCAUGUGUGUGAAUUUUUUGUUUUAAUUGGUUUGUUCUGAACCUGCUACCUAUUUUUGCUUUAAUAAAAAAAAUGUAUAAUUGUAUAUUAGUUUAUUUAUAUUGAACAUAUUUUUUGUCUGUGUGUUUAUGGUUUAAUAAAUUGAUUUAACAAUU